GCCGAGGCCCCACCUGACCUCCCCCCCGCGGUGCCCCGUCACGAAGCCGGUUCCCUGACGGUGCCACGAAGGCCGUGUCCGACCCCGAUGGAAGCAGAGUACCCCCAAAUAAACCCUCUCCUCCUCUGCUCCAGGCGCCGGAAAAGGGUGGAGGACGAGGGAGGGCUCGAGCUGCUGCUGUCCAUGGAUCUCGACGAGGAGGAGACGCGCCCGGAGCAGCAGGCGCCGCCCCGGGUUCCGGACAAGCUGAAAGCAGUGUCACAAGAGCUUGGACAUGAGAUCCGGAUAUUUACAAGCACAACAUUUGAGCUAAUGACUAGCAAAUUGGCCAAGGCAGAUCAGGAGGAAGACGAUGACUUCUAUGAGCUUCAGCCUAGUGAUUAUUACAAGUUGAUUUCAAAUAGGCUUGCAGAACAAUCGAAAGUUCUGAAGACUCGUAAAAUAAGGGAAGCAGAACUUGCUGCUCAACGAGCAAGGCUAACAAAGGCAGUGGCGAGGGUUCGAUUCCCUGAUGGUUACAUUCUUGAGGCUGAGUUCCAUCCAUCAGAGACGGUACAUAGUCUGGUGGAUCUUCUCAUGAAAGUAAUUGCUAGACCAGACCUGCCAUUCUAUCUUUACACAGUUCCUCCAAAGAAGCGAAUAAUGGACACCUCGCAGGACUUCUACACAAUUGGCUUUGUUCCUGGAGCUAAUGUCUUCUUUUCUUAUGAUCUGCCUGAAGGGUCGGAGUUAAAUACAGAUGCUGUAAAAUCCGGACCAUAUCUCCGUGAAGAAAUUCGAACUUUGGAUGGACUGUCACUUGAGUCGGAACCUUCUGACCAACCUGAUGAUUCAAAGACAAAUUCUGAUUCAGCUCAUCAGUCUUAUGCAUUCCAAUCUGAUUCUGCACCACCAGCAGCAGCAAAUAAGAAAUCAGCCAAACCAAAGUGGUUCAAAAGGUGAGAGCAUCAGAGCGUCAAUAGUGCACCACCAGCGCGCAAUAGCACUUGAUUAGGCCUCUCAGCAAUCCCAAUGCAUGAUUGAUCAGAUUUCAUGGUUCAACGGCUUCAGCUAUGCCGCCCUAGUAGGAGAAUUCAUCCUGUGUUGCAUAGGAGUUGUCGAACCAUCGGAAUUAGAUCUCAUAUGUUCGUGGUGGUAGCAUGUAAAUUUGGCGUGUCAAACUGCUUUGUGGGUGUGUAUUGGUUAACCCACCUCUCAGAUAUGUGUAAAAGGCCCCAUAGAAACGAAGGAAAUGACAGGGCCCGUGUUGUUUACACUUUACUGCAUGAAUGAUAUCCAGUAGCAUCUUCAUGAGAAAGAUGGCUUGAGUUGACCGGAAAAUUACCAAUAAAGUAUCGUGGCUUCUAACA